AAAAAAAAAAAAAAAAAAAAAAAAAAAACAAGAAGAUGAGCGUCGUAGAUAAAGAAAGCAUCGAAGUGAUCGCGCAAAGCAUCGGCGUUGGAAAUUUGUCGCCGGAUGUCUUGCCUUCUCUAGCCGCCGACAUCGAAUACCGUGUUCGCGAGAUUAUGCAGGAGGCUAUAAAAUGUAUGCGGCAUGCAAAGCGAACUGCUAUGACUUCAGAUGAUGUGGAUACCGCCCUUGAUCUAAGAAAAAUGGAGCCAAUAUAUGUUGCAUCUGGAAAUUCUUUGCGAUUCAAAAGAGCUGCCAGACAUAAAGAUUUAUUUUACCUUGAUGACAAGGAUGUAGAAUUUAGAGAGGUGAUUGAAGCCCCCCUCCCAAAAGCACCUUUAGAUACUGCAGUUGUGAACCACUGGUUGGCUAUCGAAGGCGUACAACCUGCUAUUCCCGAGAAUCCUCCACUAGAAGCUCUUUUGACUCCAGUUGAUAAUAAGAACAAAGAAGAUGGGAUUGGGAUUGGGAUUGGAGACAAUAAUAAUAAUAAUAAUAAUAAUAAAAGUCUUGUGAAACAUGUGCUAUCAAUAGAGCUUCAGCUUUACUUUGAAAAGAUCACAGACCUGACUGUAACCCGGUCAAACUCAGUCAUCUUUAAGAAAGCACUGUUGAGUUUGGGGAGGGAUGCAGGACUCCAUCCAUUGGUUCCUUAUUUCAUAUAUUUUGUUGCUGAAGAGGUGACUCGUAAUUUGAACAACUUGGAGCUUCUUUUUGCUUUGAUGAGGCUUGUGCGGAGUCUUGUACAGAAUCCACACCUGCACAUGGAACCGUAUCUGAUCCAGCUCAUGCCAUCUGUGAUGACGUGUCUUGUUGCAAAAAGCCUAGGAGGAAAUAAUAAUAAUAAUAAUAAUAAUAAUAACCACUGGGAACUCAGAAACUUUACAGCCAACCUGGUGGCUUCAAUAUGCAGAAGGUUUGGGCAUGGGUAUCAUAAUCUUCAGCUACGUGUCACCAGGACACUUGUUGAUGCUUUCAUGGACCCUGCAAAAGCAUUCACCCAACAUUAUGGUGCUAUCAAAGGGAUUACUGCCCUUGGCUCAAGCGUCGUGCGUCUGCUUUUGCUACCAAAUCUUGAUUUGUAUUUACAGUUUAUACAACCAGAAAUCCACCUUCACAACAAGAAUGCCAAUGAGGUCCAUGGGGCCUUAAUGUGUGCCGCUGGUUUAUGUGUUUACAAUCAGCUUAAGAUGAUUCCCAAUCUGCUUUCUCCACCAACACAUGCCAAUGGAAAACUCCUCAAUCCAACAAAUAAACGCAAGGCCGGAAUGCUGGAACAGGCUGUUAAAAAGGCGGCGGCAACAGGUGAGAGUUUGGUGAAGGUGGAGAUGCAAGGGGGUGGAAGUGGAUUUUCGAUAACUCGAGGGGGGUCUUCUGAUGCUAAUAUACCAACAAGGUUUAUGGGUAAUGAGAAUAUCCCGGGGAGCAGUGCUAGUGCUAGUGCUAGUGCUAGUAUGAGGAGGGAUAGGUUUGGUGCUAAUAUACAAACAUCAUCACUGGCUGUGUCACGUGCGUGGAAGAAGGAAGUAAAUGCUGGACAUUUGCUUCCAAAACUAUUUCAUCUUUUUGGUGAAAGCAUGCUUCCCUUUGUACCUUCCCCAGAAUUGUGUAAUAUAUUCAUAUGA